AUGCCUCGUCGAUAUCGUCUUAUGCGACCAUGUCAGUUUCCAAUGCAACCUUUACCAUCCUAUGUUGAUCUUCGUCGAUGGAUGACACCUGUCGAAGAUCAACAGAAUUAUGACGCAUGUGUUGCUAAUGCUUUUGCAGGCAUAAUUGAAUAUUUUAUUCUGCGUCGCACUGGUCUUCACAUUGAUGUCUCUCGGAUGUUCAUAUAUUACAAUGGUCGAAUGAUUCAAGGUCAAAGUUUGGCAGUAUCGGAUGAUGGUACAUUAAAACGAGACACUGCGUUAGGGUUGCGAAAAUUUGGUGUAUGUCAAGAGUUUGUCUGGCCAUAUGAGCUUAAAAAUGUCAACAAGACACCACCACCUCACGUAUAUGAAGCAGCAAAAGAAAUUACAGUUGUUCCAUUGAAAAUUCCUCGAAAUUUACCUGCAAUGAAAACAUGUUUAGCUAAUGGAGUACCAUUUCUUAUCGGCAUUGCAUUGAACGUGGCCGAGGCAUCCGACGAAGCAAAACAAAAUAAUGGUUAUGUAUCGAUGCCAGAUCCAAACGAUCCUAAUGUGUCUUCAUGGGGCUUCCAUGCCGUUAUGAUUGUCGGUUACGAUGAUCGAACGCAGAAUUUCAUCGUACGAAACUCUUGGGGAGCUGACUGGGGUCUCAAGGGUUAUUUCUUUAUUCCAUAUAGAUAUUUAUUAGAACGAAAUUUGGUUAAUGCUGACGAUGGUGUAUGGGCUAUUAGUGAUAUCAUGCUUCGUCUAGGUCACUUACCGUCUGUUCGGCGAAUGAUGCUUCCUGGUCACAAUCGUGAUGCACGAUAUCGACAUAAUCGAGUUCGGUUGCAAUCAAGAUACCUUAAGUAACUAUUUUCUUCUCAACAUUAAUCAAUCUGCACAUUAUACAAAUUAGAAGCCUUCUAGUGAUUAGAAAUAGGAUUUAUCAAUGAUCCAGAGUAUUCUCAAUCUUUAAAUUACUAAACUCGAACAUAACAUGGCUAUUACUUUAUACUCAAUAGGCUUUAUACAAAAAAAAAUUCAUUAAUAUUUUAAUACUCUUUUUUGCUAUGUACACCUGAUCUUUUUGAAUAAAGAGAAUAAGGGAAAUAAAAUCUCAUAUAACAGAAUGCUGUAGUGGAUUACUACGAAAAGAUAACGGCAUUGAAAUUCUAUUCUACAAAGGUUUGAAUGUGUGUGCGUGAGCGUGAGAUGUGGAUAAGGAAAAGACUCAGCCUUACAUUCAACUCACACAUUCACACCCACAGCCUCUUAUUGGUAAUGAAAGAUCAACCGUUGUUUUAAUUGAUCUGUUCCUCGUCCGAAUUUAGUAUUCGUGAGACGAAAUGUAAUUACUUUUGCUUUUCCAUAUGUGCCUUCUUCGUUACUUUCUUCCUCCAAAUCAUCAUCAGACUGAUCUGAACAAGAGUUGAGAAUCGUGGCAAAUGCUGAAGAAAAAAAAAUAUUCAAGUCUUGCAUUCACAGAGACUCCAUAGCUCUAAGGUCAGAAAAACAGUGACCCGUUAGAUGGGUAUUGGAAAAUAAAUUCUUUCAUAACUCUUCUAUUGGAAACUAUUGCUUACAAUGAAUAAAAACAUGAACUCAAUGUUCUAUCUUUUUGUGAAAUUUAUCGAAAAAUGUGCAACAUGCUUUUGAGAGUGUGGAUGAGAAGCGUUACCAUAAGAUAACUCAUCUCAACUAUGAAAAUCAAUACAUGGCAAAAAUCUUAAUGACUCAUAUCAAAUUGAUGCUACUUCUAUAAAUGCAAAGUCAAGUGAUAAUUAAAAUAGCAAGUUCAGCUCAAUGUAAUGAUAAUGUAUAAUAUUACUUAUCAAUAUAUGUUUAUUGAGACAUUUUUCUUUGUUAGCUCAGUUUUGUCUUAAAAAUUAAAUCAAAUCAUUUUUUCAAAUCUGUUUUCAAUACUUUAAAGUUGAUUAUACAUUUCUUAUACUUUAAUUCAAGUCUGUUAAAGAGGAAAAAUGUCAAUAUAAUCUUAUAUUGAUUAUGAAUAUGCUGUAAAAAUAAAGACGCAUUGACAAAGUAUCAAGCAUAAGAAAGCUCGUGCUAAAUAUUGCGAUUAUUAAGUUUUGUUUUUGAAAUAAAAUAACCUUGAACUUUUCCCUAUACAGAAAAAAUGUAUUUCGCUCUAUAUCUUCAUUUAACAAUCAACUUCACCGAACAUAAAUAAACUAUGUAGGUCUCAAUCCAGAUUACAUAUAUAUAAAGACAUUUUUUCUCUUACCUUUUCAAAAAUACUUACUUCAUCAAUUACAACCAAAAGAUGGGGUCGAAUGGCAUCUGAUAGUUAGAUAUGUUCCCUCGUAAGACUGUUGAUAUCAAUUGUCAAUGAUGAAAAGUCUAUGAUGGACAGGUUGUUUAAAAAUGUUUUUCCAGAUGGAUAAUGCUGUGAUUUCAAAUAACAUCAACAAUAAAAUUUAUAUCAAGUGAAAGUGCAUCAAAAAUGAUAUUAUAUCAAUACUUGAGGGUGGGACUGGAUAUUUUCUUCAUAACCUACAUACAUCCACACCCACACUCUACUAUAGAUGAGGGUUGGGCAACUUUGUCAUCGGUGACACAAAUGAUUAUUCCAAGCGAAAAAAUGACGCUCAGCACAAAAAUGAUCGGCUCCUGACAAAAUGAGAAUAAUGCUACGCUGCGUAGGAAAAUGAUUGAGAAUAAUGGAAUAAUGACCAUGACAAGCGGAAUAAUGAUCUUAUUUAAUAGUUACAUAUAUUAUUUAGGUCAGCGGAAAAAUGAAAAUCCAUCAGAAUAAUGCUAUUUUUCAUAGGAAA